GUCAAACCAAAACACUUAAACUGUGUAAAAUCUAAACAAAAUGGUGCAAAGUGACGAAAGUGUGACCAUUACAGACACCACCAAGUUACUCGGAGAUGUGGCAUCUCUGUACCUCAACCAGAAAUUUUCUGAUAUUACGUUGCUCGUCGAUGACCAAAAACUAUAUGCUCACAAGGUGAUUCUGGCCGUGAGGAGCGAGUACUUUGAAUCUUUACUUUACGGAGAUCCGCAAAACACAAACCAGACCGAAAUAGCAAUAACCGGUGUGCCUUUUGACGCUUUACGUACUCUAUUAAAAUACAUUUAUACAGGUACCAUCGCUGUUUCCUCCGAUCUUGAGUCAUCCCUUGAGAUACUAGGACUUGUCCAUCAAUACUCGUUCACAGACCUUCAAACCACCAUCAUUAAAAAACUAAAACCUCUUCUAAAUUUACAAAACGUUUGCCUCGUCCUCAACACUGCCAAUCUCUACGAUUUAGAAGAACUGCUGGAAGCCUGUCAUUCUUUCAUGGACCUUAACGCAUCUGAAGUCGUCACCAGUGACUGUUUCACCGACCUGUCCCAAAAAUCGAUGAUUAAACUUUUAGAACGCAAUUCUUUUGUUGCUCCCGAAAUCGAAAUUUUCAAAAACGUGGCUAAGUGGUGCAAAAUUCACAACGACGUUGAUCAUUUAGUUAUACAGUGUGUUCGUUUAUCGUCGAUGACUGUCGUGGACAUCGUAAGUACAGUCUGGCCUUCGAAACUAUUCGACUGUGAAAAGUUGUUACAAGCCAUUGCCGAGAUCGUUGGUGUCAAAACAAAAACUUCCACUUCUAGAGGGUUCUAUCUUUUGGACGAAAAUCUAGCAACUGCUGAACACAACGCUGAAGUGAUUCUUGGAACAAAUACAGCUUGGUUGUUGACAGGCGGCGGAAACACAGAAAGUAACUAUGCAUACCACGGUAUAGACGAUGAAAGUGGAAUUAUUGUGAGGCUUGGUACUCCAUCUUUUGUUAACCACUUCAAAAUGAGACUUUGGGAUGGGGAUAACCGCUCGUAUUCUUAUAACAUUUCGGUUUCUCUUGAUCAGAAGAAUUGGAGAAAAGUUAUCGACUACAGUCGUGUUAGUUGUCGUUCAGACCAGGUUCUCUUUUUUAGUCAGCAGGUGACCCAGUACAUAAAAAUUGUAGGGACGCAAAAUACAGCCAACCGAGAUUUUCGCAUCAUUUCCUUCGAAGCAUAUUUCAAAAAUGAUAUACCUACAAUUACAAAUGAUAUUAUUCGCCCCAAAUACAAUGUUGCAACUUUAGAGAAGAAAGCGAUUAUUAUUGAAGGGCAAGAUCCUUCCGCGUUGCUUGAUGGUAAUUCAGAUGACUAUAGUUCAUAUACCUAUCACAAAAUAGGCAGCGAACCUAUUACAAUCCAACUGGCUCAACCUUACAUGAUUUCAACAAUGAGAGUUUUAUUAUGGGAUAAAGAUAACAGAUACUAUAAAUAUUUUGUUGAAACUUCUAUAAAUAAUACUGACUGGGAGAUUGCUGUUGAUCUAAGAAAUGAAGAUUGCAAAUCUUGGCAAAAUCUUCGUUUUAAAGAAAGGGCGGUAGUUUUCAUCAGGAUAACCGGAACUUACGAUUCUGUGAACGGCUAUUUAGUUGUAAUGCACUUCGAAUGUCCCUCCGAGAUGUGAAGGAAAUGAAUGAAAGAUCGGGCCAUUGCUAAGAAGUUGUCUACAAAAC